AUGCGCCGGGGAGGCCGGCGGAGGGCGGGGGCCGGGCUGCGGGACCACCGGGUACCGGGUCUGCCCGCGGGCGCGCCCGCCCCGUCGGCCUCGCAGCGCCGCAAGCGCACGUCGUUCAGCGCGGAGCAGCUGCAGCUGCUGGAGCUCGUGUUCCGCCGGACCAGGUACCCCGACAUCCACCUGCGCGAGCGCCUGGCGGCGCUCACCCUGCUGCCCGAGUCCAGGAUCCAGGUGUGGUUCCAGAACAGGCGCGCCAAGUCCAGGCGGCAGAGCGGGAAAUCCUUCCAGCCCCCUUCGGGGCCUGAGCUUUUCCUCCACCAAGCUCAGGAAGCGGAAGCGAAGCGUCUGAAGCCGCAGCUGCCUCUUGAAGUGGACGUGAACUGCCUGCCUGACGCCAACAGGGUUGGAGAGGGCGUUUCCCACCCCAGCAGCCAAGGUCAGAGCUUCGGAACCUAUUCUCCCCUCUCCGAUGACGCUGUCUCAAAGCUGGACUCAUGGGAGGAUCACAUCUUUUCUACCUUUGGUCACUCUUGAGUCAGGGCGAGGUCAGGAUAAGCUCUGAGGGGCUGUCACUGAGUUGGGCGACACAUGUCAGAAUGCUGUCCCUUCUGGCUCCCAUGCCGGGGACACGCGCGUCCUGGCCUCGGUGGGGGUUUUCACCAGCGUCUCUUGCCUGGGAAGCUCCCUCUCCUCAGCCUGUGAGCCUGGACCCGGUUCUCCUUCCUCCGAAGCCCCCUCCCUGCCAGGCCCUCAGUCUUUGGACCCGCGCAUCUCCAGAUCCGCGCCUCUGCUCCUUCAACCGUCUUGCCCUCACCUUCCGUCCUGCCCUCACUUUCCAACGGGCUUUGUCGGAACCCCUUGCACCCUUUACAGGAACACUGCAGCCAGGCUUCCUUUCCCCCUGGCCUUGAACUGACUUGAACCCUGUCCACGCCCUGUCCCCGAGACUUACUGCUCUUCUAGGUGGCCAGUCAUCUUUAGGCUCGAGCACGGCUCCAGUGAUUCUGCAUGCAGAUCAUUGCAAGAGCCCCCUUGGCAUCCCCCGGCUUUUCACACAUCUUCUCUUUAGAAAUCUGUAGUAGCCUCCAGUAGCCACCAGAUGGAAAAAAACCUUCUGACCCUUGCAGACAACCACCUGACACCUCCAGCCAUCAGGACAGCUGUGCAGAAUUCAAGGUCACUCGUGCACGGCUGUGCCUGUCUCCGGCCCCUCCUGAUUGUCAGGGACCUAACGAGUACCUGGUUCCUUCAGUCACUCAAAGGACCCCCCACCCCACAUCUGAACUGUCUUCUAAUCCUGAUCUUACUUACCUCUUACUCCAGCCGCACCAGCACUGCCUGUAGCACUUGCCAUUGUACCAGGUGCAACUUGGGUGGGUUAU